CUCCUCCCAUCGCAAGAAAAUUCAACUGACCCGCCAAAAGCGCGGUCGCUUUUCGACAAGAUGAAAAGCCUACGGAGAGAUCUCUCUUCGAACCCGCAGGCUGCAAAUGUCACCAGCAAAAUCUUCGUCCGGUCCACGAAAAGUGGAAAAGUGCAAAAGAUUGUCCGCGAGCUCUACUUGAGACAAGACAUUCCUUGCUCGUCGAAGCUCUGCUCGCUAUGCCCCACGACUGCACCAGCGGAUGCGAAUGGAAACAGUAAUGUGGACUGCAUACAGGUUGAUGUCAGUGGCUAAUGCGACUUAGUUUCGCCUUUUGUACUUUCGGAACAUCCUGCGGGCACCAGCGCUUUCCCUCGCGGCCACUACCUCGUCCCCGAUACAAAUGCGCUGUUGAAUGGAAUGGACCUUUUCGAACACACCGGAGCGUUCUACGAUGUCAUUAUCCUUCAAACCGUCCUCGAGGAACUCAAGAACCAGUCCCUACCCCUCUACAACCGUUUGCUUUCGCUGAUCAAGACCGACGAUAAACGAUUUUACCUUUUCUUCAACGAGUUCCGACUAGAAACCCAUGUCAGGAGAGGUCCGGAUGAGUCAAUCAACGACAGAAACGACCGAGCUGUGCGCACGGUGGCAAAGUGGUAUACGGAACAUCUCAAAACGACGGCGAAGGGAAAGAAAGAGAAAAACAUCCCCACUAUUGUCGUCAUCACGGAUGACAAAGAAAAUCUGCGCAAAGCAAAGGAGGAAGAUGUUAGCGCAUUAUCGUUGUCUGACUAUGUUAAAGGUCUGGAGGACUCUGAUAGAUUGCUUGAUAUGAUCAACGAGUCGAGGGAAGCGCGGGAAGCAAAGGGCGCACGUGGCGAGCUUUUCUACCCCGAGUACUACUCAAAGUCGAAACUUAUGACAAGCAUAAGAGCUGGAACCCUGCAUCAGGGUGUCUUCAAUGUUUCGCCGUACAACUAUCUGGAGGGCUCGGUCAACGUCCCAGCAUUCGACAAGCCCCUCCUCAUCCUGGGGCGCGAUAACAGCAACCGGGCUAUCUCCGGGGACGUUGUGGUGAUUGAAGUUCUACCCAAGGACCAGUGGAAAACGCCGUCUACUAAACUCGUCGAUGAGGAGGCAGUAACGAAAAACGACAACCCCGACGGCGAGGAUUCCGAGGCAGUGGUGACGGAAAGGGAACGGAAGGCUUUGCAAGAAGAGGUCAAGAAGGCGCACGGCACAAGCUCCGAGGGAAGACCGCAACCGACAGCUAAGGUGGUUGGAGUGAUGGAACGCAGGUGGCGCCAAUAUGUCGGAACUGUUGAUUCGGGGUCAACAGGUGCCCAAGCCAGCUCUGGCCGCCGACAGCAAACUGUCUUCGUCUUGCCUAUGGACAAGAAAGUGCCAAAGAUCAGGGUCCGCACCAGACAGGCUGCUGAUCUGUUGGGUCAACGCAUCCUGGUCACAAUCGAUGCCUGGGAUCGUGAUUCGCGCUAUCCUACUGGUCACUUCAUCCGGUCUCUGGGAGAGCUGGAAACCAAGGGUGCUGAGACAGAAGCCUUGCUCCUCGAGUACGAUGUGCAGUACAAGCCCUUCCCGAAGGCUGUUCUGGACUGUCUUCCUGCGGAAGGACAUGAUUGGAGAGUGCCUAUUAGCAAGGAAGAUAUAGGCUGGAAGGGCCGGAGAGAUCUCAGAGAUCUUCUGAUCUGCAGUAUCGAUCCUCCAGGCUGUCAAGAUAUUGAUGAUGCUCUUCACGCACGGCCAUUGCCGAACGGAAACUUCGAAGUUGGCGUCCAUAUCGCAGAUGUGUCACACUUCGUCAAACCGAACAAUGCAAUGGACCUCGAGGCUAGUGUCCGUGGAACAACAGUCUACCUGGUCGACAAACGUAUUGACAUGCUGCCACACCUUCUCGGUACCGAUCUUUGUUCCCUGAAGCCCUAUGUAGAACGGUACGCCUUCUCCGUCCUGUGGGAAAUGACACCCAACGCAGAGGUCGUAUCCGCAGACUUCACCAAAUCCGUCAUUCGCUCCCGCGAAGCCUUCAGCUACGAGAAGGCCCAGAAGCGCAUCGACGACCCUUCCGCGCAGGACGAACUCACCGAAAGCAUGCGCACCCUGCUCCGAUUCUCCAAGAUCCUCCGCCAGAAGCGUAUGGACGCCGGAGCAUUGAAUCUCGCCUCGCCCGAAGUCCGGAUCGAAGCAGACAACGACGAAGUGGGCGACCCUCUCGCAGACGUGAAAACAAAGUCUAUGCUGGAGACAAACAGUCUUGUCGAGGAGUUCAUGCUUCACGCCAACAUCACUGUUGCCUCGAAGAUCUACAGCACAUUCUCCCAAACCGCCAUGCUCCGUCGCCACGCCACCCCUCCUCCGCAGAACUUCGAGGAGCUUAUCGGCCAACUCUCCAAGAAGCGCGAUCUGAGACUCGACGUGUCCAGUUCUCGUGCCCUUGCCGACUCGCUUGACCGCUGCGUCGACGAGAAGAACCCCUUCUUCAACACCCUCGUCCGCAUCCUCGCCACCCGCUGCAUGACUUCCGCCGAGUACUUCUGCGCCGGAGCCCACGCGGAGUCCGAAUUCCGUCACUACGGUCUCGCCUCGCCCAUCUACACACACUUCACGUCCCCGAUCCGUCGGUACGCCGAUCUUCUGGUUCAUCGCCAACUCGCCUCCGCGAUCAACUACGAAGGCGAAGACGGCCGCGCCGUCGUCGAGGGCGUCAUGACCCGAAACCGGCUGGAGGACAUUUGCCGAAACAUCAACUACCGACACCGCAACGCGCAAUUUGCCGGCCGAGCCAGCAUCGAAUACUACGUCGGACAGGCGCUCAAGGCGCGCGGCGAGAAGAUGGCGUCCAAUAAGGUGGAUGGUGGCAUCGAGGAGGAGGGCUACGUCAUGCGUGUCUUCGAGAACGGCGUGGUUGUCUUCGUUCCGCGAUUCGGAAUUGAGGGUGUCGUCCGUCUGGAAGAUUUCGUGCUUUCCGAUGACGCCGGUCUCCGGACCGUUGCGGAACGGCGCGAGCUGGUGAUGCGGCGACAGAGCGACUUUGACAAUGAAGAGUACACUCUCCACGUGUCCAACAAGGGACAGUCCGAAACGGACCGCGGUGUGAAGGUCGAACUUUUCCAGAAGGUCAAUGUGAACGUCAGCUCCGUGAAGGAAGAAGGUGGUCGGGGCGCAGGAAAGAGAAGAGUCAGAAUACUGAUUCUGGGCAGCAGUGCCUAGAUUAAAAGUUAUAAGUAAUGAAUAUUGGAACUGCAUUCUGAUUGAAUGCCAGCGGCCUCUAGUGGGACCACGUGCGUGUGUGUAUGUAUGUAUGGAAGUAUGUAGGUAUGAAGGUAAGUAUGUAUGUAUGUAUAUGCGCUAUACUUGAUCAACAUCAGCGCGAAUUUUUGUCUAGGAUGCCG